CUGGUCUUCAAGGAACCCAAAAGAGCCCAUGUUACACCUCUCUUUAUCUCAUUGCAUUGGCUACCAAUCGCAGCUCGCAUCAAGUUCAAGACACUGAUGCUUGCUCAUAGAACAACCACAGGCUCAGCACCCGCCUACAUGCACUCACUAUUAAGAAUCUACAUCCCCUCCAGAAAUCUGAGAUCUGCUAGUGAGCGACGCCUCGUGGUACCAUCACAAAGAGGCUCAAAAUCACUCUCCAGAACAUUCUCGUUCACCAUUCCUGGCUGGUGGAAUGAUCUUCCCACCCAUAUUCGGAGUACUGGAUCCCUGUCAAUCUUCAAGCAACAGCUGAAAACUCAUCUCUUUCGACACUACUUGACUUCAACCUACACAUAAAAAAAAAAAAAAAAAAAAAAAUCUUUCUCCUUACUUAUUCCUUCCCUUGCUAGCUUGUACUUAUUUAAACAAUGCCUGAGACUUGGUGUUACAAGCACUUCCUUUGUCGAAUUGCCUCUUCAAGAUGAAUCGCUUCAUGUGUUCCCCAAAUUGUAAGUCGCUUUGGAUAAAAGCGUCUGCAAAAUGACUAAAUGUAAAUGUAAAUGUAAAUGUCUUCUCCAUUCACUUGAUGUUGAGACAGAAAAGAAGACUGUGUCAGUGAUGAAGGGAAAUUCUCUCACACUAAAAACCGGUGCAACUGAAAUCCAGAAAGACAAUGAAGUACUCUGGACAUUUGGACCUCAAGAUAUAGUCAUCGCUCAAAUCCACAAACAGGCUGGUAACAGCUCAUAUGCUGAUGAUGAGCGAUUCAGAGACAAACUGCAGCUGGACCAUCAGACUGGAGAUCUGACCAUCAGCAACAUCAGGAUUGCAAUCUCUGGAGAUUAUCAGAUGAAGAUCACUGGCAGCAGAACAUCUAAGCUGAAGAGAUUCAAAGUUAUUGUGCGAGAGGACACACAAAAAAUCACAGAGGGAGAACCUGUCCAUCUGCAGACCGGUCUUACUGAACUACAGGAAGAUGAUCAGAUUCUGUGGACGUUUGAAGAUGCCCUCAUAGCCAAACUUAAUAGAGAGAGCAGUGAGAACAGCGUCUACAAUGUUAAUGAUGAGAGAUUCAGAGGCAGACUGGGGCUGGAUGAACAAACUGGAGAUCUAACCAUCACAAACACUAAAAGCACCGACUCUGGAGUUUACGAAUUACAGAUCAAGAGCAGCGAUGAAGUCUCCUACAAGAAAUUCAAUGUUCUUGUUUGCUUUGAGUAAUUCCAAAAAUAUUUUUAAACAAUAAUUAAUAAGCCAGAUUGUACCUGCACAAUAUAGCUAAAAAUAAAAAUGUAAAUGGGUAAAUUAACACAAAAGGAACAUUUAAAAUAAUCCUAUUUACUUAAAGGUACCAAUAUAAAAAUAUGAAAAAAAUGUAAAUUAUCCGAAAAGUGCAUUCUUCCUACAAAAGCUGUGGUUGUUCCUAGAACAAAACGAGUUAUUUGAAGAAAAAAGAUACAUGUUACACAGAACAAGCAGCUUUGCCAACUUUAGUGACUUUGUUGCUAGAUUUAGCCUUUAGUGACGCUUUUCCUAAAAAGCACCUAGCGACAAAUCCAGUGACUUUUUGGACAAACCUUGUCUAGUUUCCAAGACAUGCCGCUAAUACUGCACAAGUGCAUACAAGUAAGCAGUCUUAAAGUGCCGUGUUUCAGUCACUAUUUUACAUUCAUCUCAUAAUCUGACAGCAGAAAGAGAAAAAUAGAUAAAUAAACAGGUUUAUUUUGAAUCUGGAUAUAUUAAAAUACAGUAUGUGAGUGCAGAGAGUAGAAGAGAAGCAAACAAGUGUAAAAGGCUGACAUUAGGCAGAAUGUAAAUAUGACGCAAUUGCGUCAUGAAUAUGUUAAUUAGCGUAUGAUGUCAUUUAGUGACAUUUAGCACCUUUUCGAGCAGGCUUUAGCUACACUGUAAAAAGUGAUAAGUUAACUUAACUAAAAAAAAAUUCAAGUUCACUUAACUUUUUUUUUUAAUUAUUAUUAUUUACUUAAUAAUUUUAAGGCAAUGGGUUUCCUCAAGUUUUUUAAGUUAACUUGUCACUUUUUACAGUGAUACUUUCCAUUGAAAGUAGCUGACACAAGUGAGAACAAGUGAGAGAGGUAUUAGUUUGCAUUUACACUGCAAGACUUAACGCACAGAUCUGUUUUGAUUAUUUACUCACAGUCACUGUUUUUUCAAACUCAAUCCCGGUUUGCAGUGUGUAUCUAGCAGCAUAAUGAACUUCAAACUGCACAUUAUCCAAAGAGCGCUUCUUUUAUUAUCAUUUAAGCUGUCAAUCAAUCACUUCAGGUUAAGAUCACUGAUGAACAUGCUGAAACAUACAGUUGGAGAUUCUGUCACUCUACAAACUGAUGUUACUGAGCUGAAGAAUGAUGACAGGAUACUGUGGAAGUUUAGCGAUAAAGACAUAUUAAUCGCCGAACUCAACCAAGCCACCAAUCAGACCUUAUUCUAUGAAGGUCCUGAUGGGAGAUUAAGAGACCGACUGCAGUUAAACCAGCGAACUGGAGAUCUGACCAUCAGGAACAUCAGCAGAGCUCAUUCAGACGUUUAUACACUUCAAAUCACGAGAGGCAAAAAGAGCACAUGCAAGAGAUUCAUGGUUAUUGCCCACGAAAAGACUGUGUCAGGGAUGGAGGGAGAUUCAGUCACGCUAAACAGCGAUAUUGAAAUACAAGGUUACCUUGUAUUGUGGAUGUUUGGACCUGAAGACUGCCUAAUUGCUAAAGGUGAAACAAAGAAAAAGAUCUCUACAUAUGAUGGUGCUGACGGGGGAUUCAGAGGCAAAUUGAAUCUGAAUUAUGAGUCUGGAUCUCUGACCAUCACAAACACCAGAACUGAACACACUGGAGUUUAUAAACUACAGGUCAUCUGCAGCCGAGAGACCAAAUAUAAGACAUUCAGAGUUACAAUCCGUGAGAGUGAAAGAAAUACAGACUUUGGGCCUGAGCAAGAAGGUAUCCCCUUAGUACAGAAAUGAAACUCACAACACACACAUUGGGGGGUAUGAAUUUAUUUUUUGUUGAAAAUGACUACAGUCCUCAAUUUGUUAGCAAAAAGGACCUUAUACAAUAAGUACUGUUUGUUUUGAAAGCACUACAUUUGACUGGAAUUUGUCAUUAUCACCGUUAAUUAUGUGCUAAUGAGCGUACUUCAUGUUUUAUUGUCCCUUUUGUUUUCUUUCAGUUACCUUGUUUUUUUCUCUCCUCCAGUAUCACAAACUUUUGUUUAAUAGCAAUAUUAGUGUUUUCCUGGAACCAAAAUGUCAGUACCAAGAGUUCUCUGUACGAAUUACGAUACUAUAGCAAAUCUAUUGUAGCUAAUUUAUUUUUGUUACGUCCUCUGUCGUGUGUGUCAUGUGUUCCCGCCUCUUGUGUCCUUAUUUGGUCAUGUUCCUGUCCUUGUUGAGUUUUUGUAGUUUGUUUAUUCAGAUCAGGUGUGUGUAUUUAUCUGUGAUUGUCUUGUGUAUAUAAGGUCCUGUCUGUUCAGUUAGUGUUUGUCUGGUCUACUCGUUACUCCCUGGUGUUCCUGUGUGUGUGUGUGUGUGUGUGUGUGUGUGUGUGUGUGUGUGUGUGUGUGUGUGUGU